CCGCCGCUGCCUGUCGGCCGUCAGUCAGUCAGUGUCAGUCACACACCCCGGAGGCGCCGGAGGGGGAUGGCGGCGGCCGCAGCGCGGACAGCAGGUGCUGGCCGUGCGACAGGCAGCGCAGUCACUGUGCCGCAUCCCGUCCAGGAGCCCGGCCGUGGCUGAAGCCGGCUGCGGGCGGUCCCCUCGGCGUGCCGGCCCGCCGGGCAGCCUCCCCGCCGCCCCCCGGCAUGGAGGAGGCCGGCUUGGAGUGGCUGCUGGUGCCGAUGCAGCAGCUGGUGUCGUGGGGGGCGGCGGGGGCCAUGGUGUUCGGCGGCGUGGUGCCCUACAUCCCCCAGUACCGAGACAUCCGGCGGACGCAGAACGCGGAGGGCUUCUCCUCCUACGUCUGUCUGGUGCUGCUGGUCGCCAACAUCCUGAGGAUACUUUUUUGGUUUGGAAGGCGUUUUGAAUCCCCUCUCUUGUGGCAAAGCAUUAUCAUGAUCAUCACCAUGUUACUGAUGCUGAAGCUGUGCACUGAAGUACGUGUGUCCAACGAGCUGAACGUCAAGCGCCGCUCCUUUGCAGCUGCAGAUAGUAAGGAUGAAGAAAUCAAAGCACCUCCCAAGAGAUCCUAUCUGGAUUUUGACUUGAACUACUUUUGGCACUGGAGCAAGUUUACAGACUACGUGCAGUGUGUGCUGACCUUCACCGGCGUGACGGGUUACAUCACUUACCUCUGGCUUGACUCCUCUCUCUUUGUGGAGACACUGGGCUUCCUGGCAGUGUUCACUGAGGCCAUGCUGGGCAUCCCCCAGCUCUACCGCAACCACCGCAACAGGUCGACAGAAGGAAUGAGUGUCAAGAUGGUGCUGAUGUGGACCAGCGGGGACACCUUCAAGACUGUUUACUUCAUCCUGAACCAGGCCCCUUUCCAGUUCUCCAUCUGCGGGCUGCUGCAGGUGUUUGUGGACGUGGCCAUCCUGCUGCAGGUGCACCUGUACAGCCAGUACCCGCAGAGGGCCGCGCCGCACGCCGCGCACCCCGGCAGCGCCAAGGCCCUGUGACGCCCGCGGCAGGGCCCUCGGACGUGGCCCCCAGGUGUGGGCAGACGGGAGCAGGGGGCGGUUUGCUCCGACGUCCCGUGCUCGCCCUGUCCCAGACCCUUCCUGGGCGGGGGCAGGACGCUUGGCUUGGCAUCUGUGCCUACGAGCCUUAGGGCUUCACAGACGUUUGUAUGUUUAAUCACAAGGGCUGGACGGGUUGUGUUUUAAAUGCUAUUUACAAGUGUUACAGCACAGAAACAAUAGGGUAUUUUGUCUGAAGCUUUUACCUAUUUAUAUCCCACGAAGUCUGUAUAUUGGCAGGGAGUUUGUGUUGUAUGCUGGCAGUUGGUGUCUCCACGGGAUAGGAACAAGUAUGGCAGCAGGAGCUCGCUCUGUUCUUUCAGAAGGGUGUCUGUGAGCGGAGACGAGGCUCUGCAGUGAGGGGAGCAGCCAGGGGCAAAGCAGGGCCAGGGGUGCAAAGCUUUGAGGUGUUGAGGAGCCAGGCAGGACUGGGAGGAGGUGAGGGGCCCCCAGCCCAGCCAGCGGGCACAGGCAGCUGCGGGCUGGGCACAGGAGCCCAGGGAGGCAGCGGGUGCUGGCAGUAGCUGUGUGGCUCCUCUGGGCAGCGCUGCCCUGCUCUGUUCUGUGCAGCCUUUCAGACCAAAGGGCAGCAGAUGCCUCUGGCCACGGCUGUCAGCUGAGUGGUUCUAGAUGGCGACUGAGCCGCAGAGGCAGAAGCAACUCUGUGUCUGUGGCCUAGAAGGGGAAGUGGAAGGGUUUGAGGUGGAGACAAAGCUGUAUCCCGUGGGGUAGGACUGGCACCCCACAGCUGGAUUGGUUGGGGCUGAGAUUCGUGUUCAUCUUGUUUAAUGCCAAACAAGAACCAGUUCAUGUUUUGGAGUAUUUCUUGCAUUGACCCAACAGGAAGGAGCCCACGUGUUCCUUUUUCUGUUGCUGAAGAUCUCUUGGGCUCUCAGAAGCACUGUCAGCCUGUACUUAGAGGGACAGGAAGAGCGCAGAGUGUAUUUAUACAUGUUGAUGUGUCUCUGAUGGCUGUUUGCCAGCGUAGGUCACCGUGCCCUUUCUGCACGUGGCCAGCAGCUGCAGGGCUGCGGCGCCACGGGGCUGUGGCCAGGGCUCUGGGCCUGUGGCUGGAGGGAGCUGCGGUGUCCCAGGAGCAGCCGGGCCCAUGCUGUUGCUGCUGCUGCAUCCCCCAGCAGCCACCAGCCGUUGGAGCUGGCACUGAGCCCUGCCCAGCCCUUCUUCUCCGUGAUCAGCCCCAGACCUUUGUGUUUCCUUGCCCGUGGCAGCGAGGCUGAGGUUUGAGAACUUCAGUGCGUGAAUCAGAUACUUCCCCUGCGCCGUCUCAUCUGGGAACCGGCUGCUUGGAGUCUGGAGCGUCUCCAGGGGUGUCAGAGUGAGUGCUGGGGCUGGGCACGGGAGGCUGUGCCCCAGCCCCACGCUGCCCUCCCCACCGGCCUCUCUCAGGCCUGAAGUGACCUUACAAGGCUGACAGUGACUGUCCCGUUCCUCCUUUCUCUGGUUGUGUUACGGGAACAUCUGGGCUUUUGUCCUUCUUCAGUUGGGAACUUAGUGAACCACUGGCUCCUCCAGUAUGCUGCUUUAAUGAGGACUGUAUUUCUACUGCUGUGUGUUUUAAUGGCCUGCAGGGUUUUUUAGUGACUUGCAAGGAUCAGAUUUUUGUAUGUGGUGUUUUUCUCUAACAGUCUCUGAGAUGGGGCUAUAGGACACAAACGGCUCUUAGGAAACACGCUUCUCUGCGCUCUAGCUUCACCCAGGAGUGCAUGCUUGCAUGCUUCUGUCCACCUCUUGGGCCUGGAACUACAGGUGUGAGUGAGGAGAAGGCAAGUGUUGCCGUUGGCUUGUGGACUGAAGCCAGCUUCUGUAGGUGGCACUACGCAAGGUAGGACUCAGCCAGGAGCUCUUGAACUCCACCCUGCAAGGUACUCGGGACAGAACGUUACAGAACUCGGGUUUUGUUCUUGGUGGGGGAGUGUGUGUAUGGAUGAGCACCUCAGAGAACACGGAAUCAGUCCCUUGAAGUGCAUCUCACUGAAUGUAUGAGACGUCUCAUGGAGUUUAUUUUCUCUAUCAGUUGCAAUGGUUUUUUAAAUAAAAGUUACUGAUUAUCUAUGA